GGAGGAGAUGGGCGAGGCCGCGGCGGUGCUGCUUGCCAUGGCGAUGUGCAUCGUUGGCCUGUUCGCCAUCGUCAGCGAGUUUAGCGGCAUCGUGGCCGUGGGGGAGCUCUUCGGGGUUCGGCUGCUGCCGAGCUGCGUGCUGGCGGCCGUCUUCCUCAUCCUCGUCGUGCGGGUCAGCAGCUACAGAAAGAUCGAGCUCGCGGGCCUGUCCCUCGGCGCAUGCCUGGGCAUCUUCCUGGUCGCGGCCGCCAUGUGCAAGCCGCCGUGGGCCCGCGUGGCCGACGCGGUGCUCACGUCGCACCAGGACCUGUGGCACGGUUCCGCCAGGGUCAAGGAGCUCGCGGUUGCGAACGUUGGCACCGUCGUGACGCCGUGGAUGCUGUUUUUCCAGGGCAGCGCCCUCGUCGAGAAGCGGCUGGGCCCCGCGGACCUGGCGGCCGCGCGCCUCGACACGGCCGUGGGCUCCGUAGUGACUCAG